AUGAGACCCUUCGUCUGGCCGAAAUGCCAAAACCCCUCUCAACUGAUCGGCUAUGCCGGCUUUGCAAGAGCCUGCAGGGUUAACGUGGGUUUCAAUUCAGCCGGCAGUGGCGAAAGGGUUUGGACUGCUGCUCCGACAGAGGAGUAUCAUGAUUCUCAACCGGUGCAUGUUAUGCGCGAGUUGGCGACGCCGUUAGCUCCCCUCAUGAUUCUCCUCGCCUGCUUCGAGGAACCAAUUGACUUCGUCGGCAAGUUCGGGCUACGCAUGGAGGAUCAGAUGAACAGGCGGCAGGUGCUCCGUAAAGAAACCAGUCUAAGACCAGGCAACGCACAGGGAUGGGGCCGCCUCAACCUCUUUUCGGUUUCCGAAUUGGCGUACGGAGAAGGACGCCACAGCAGCUGUAUCAAGGGAAGCCUCAAGUCUGCGUUCUGGAUAGCACAUUGGACAGUUACGACCUCAAGGUUUCGGGCCUGGUUUGCCUCGGUGUCAAGGUUCGAUAUGGUUUUGGCGGUCGAGAAGUUGGUGUCAACGCACGUCAAAGUCUUUCGGCCGCACUUUGGACUGCGGCAUGUUGCCAACGCUAUUUUUUAUUACUAA